CACAAAUUAAAUGUCUCGUGAAUUUAUCUGAAGAUAAAAUAAUAUUUCUCCUCUCUAAAUGAGUGGAGAAAAUUAUUAAUAUAUAAAAGGAUGAAAAAAAUAACCCAGAAAGAUGUGUCGCACAGUGCACGCGUUGCUACAAACAGUAAUAUGUGGUAUUCAAAUGUUAGUGCGGGUCUUCAUGACCGUAAUUCUGAUGAUAGAAAACGUCAUCCGGAUGCUUUUGCAAACGUUGUACAACUUCAUUUCAUUCCUACUCCAAAUGAUAUCCCUUAUACCAAUAUGCGUCGUCUUUCUCCUAACAGCACGACUUAAAUGCUUCAUGUGCGGAGGUGGUGGUCCCUGUCCUGUCAACAGGGGAGGUACCUGUGACUGCUUGAUGUCUGCACUUGCUUUCAUCAUAUUAUUCUUCAUAUUCAGAGCAACGGGUGUCCUCGAUAAGAUAUUUUAUAGCCUGGGAUACGCUAAAGCACCACCCUCAGUUUACAGAUUUGUACCUACACCAGGCGAUAUAACUGAAUGUUCUAGAAACGAUACAGAUGCAACGCUUACGCCUACAACUGAAACUACUACGGAAACUACAACAGAAACGACUACAGAAACUACACCGAUAAAAAGAGAAGCAAUAUCUACGACAUCUACUGAGUCGACUACUGAAACAUCGACAACCAUGUCGACACCAGGUCCUCUAAGACAACGCGAGUACGAUUUCACAGUAACUGAAAUUGCGAUAUUUAGCCCUUUGGAUAAAGGGUUAAAAAAAGCGGCAGUGACACCUAACAACCGACGCUGGACCACAGUGUUUUAUUACUUUGUAUGA